AUGUCGACAGCCCAUGCAUCUGAACGGCGGUGCCUCACCGAAUUUCCGGAUGAAAUUCUCCUGCAGAUCGUAGACUGCUUGGAUAACAAAGAUCGCAGCCACUUCUUGCGAGUAUGCCGUCGUUUCCUCAAUCUCUUGAUCUACGACUACCACCGAUACGAUAAGCAUGGUCGGACGCUUCUGAUCACGGCGGCCGCUCUGGGACAUGUGAAGUCGGUUAUAGACUUGCUUCUAGCGGGCAUCGAUACUGGCCACAAGGACUAUUCUGACAAUACGGCACUGCUGUGCGCUGCUGGAGCAGGACGCCAUGCCGUUGUCCAACUGCUGCUCACGGUCGGCGUACGAAACGCCGAACCUGCGGAUGAUCUGGCCUCCAGAUUGACCACGUUGAAGAAAUUCGAUCGGCAGGCAACGCGCCUAGGUGGUCUGACAGCGUUGUCAGCAGCAUCGCGUAACGGGCACGAAUCGGUGGUGAGGCUGUUGCUUGCAGAUCCCGAUGUCAAUCCCAACCAUGAGGAUGGCCUCAGUCGGACGCCGUUGACAUGGGCAUCGACGCGAGGGCAUGUGGCGGCUGUACAAGCGCUGCUAUCGCACGAGGGUGUCGAUGCUGGUCACAAGGAUUGGAAUGGGGAUACACCGUUGGCGUCAGCAGCGGAGAACGGCCAUGUUGACGUGGUUGAGCUACUACUAGCGCACACAAGGGUAGACCUGCACUCGACAAAUAGGGAAGGGAAGACACCGCUGUCGUUGGCGGCGCAGAUGGGGAAGGUAGAGGUUGUGCGACGAUUGCUGGCCGCAGGGGCUGACCCAACGAUGAAAGAUGAUCGUGGUUUUAGCCCUGUUGACUUGGCCAAAGGCAGAGAUGACCGCGUGCGGCGUGGACUUGAUGAAUUGGCGAACCAACAGGCUGUGAUUAAGCUGUUGAACGGCGCGAUAGUGGCUCGAGAGCCGAAGGAGCCUGCUCUCUUGCGUUACUCCAUCCAAUUUUUAGAAGGCAUUGCUGUUGUAGCUCUAUUCUCGUUGGUAUUUUCCCGUCCGCGCAAGAGAGCUGCCUUGCUGGGGUGA